GGCCUGGACAAUCGCCAGCUGAACUUAAGAUUAGAGCAGCCGCAGAUAAUGAAGCUUCAAGGACAGGCUGUAAAGGUGUCACGCGUUCCCGGAGCAUCCACAGCGAUGUCCCCUCCGCCGCCGCACGCCUCACCCGCCAAGAGCAGCGCAACCGGCGCCACACGCUGACGAGCGGAAUCGACUACAACACGUUACGUCGCAUGAAAGAACUGGAACAGGAGCGAGAUGCUCUGCUAGAUGGCGUGCAGCUGGUGGACAGAGCCCGGGAAUGGUACAGAGAACGGUUGCAAGAAGCGGAACAGCAGAGGGGAUGGCAGUGCACAUUGGACAAGGCUCCGCCGCUUCCGCAUCUCGGCUCCGCGCUUUUGGUGCAGAUCCAGGAAGUCAACAGGUUCCUGAGUGACCUGGUUUCCUCUCCAGAAAAGGGCCCUCGGAGACAGUCCCCCCAUUCAACAAAGCACCCUGACGCCAUCACCACACUGAGAUACCAGAACCAGCUGCUGACAAGGGAGCUCUCGGUGCAGAAUGAAAGGAUGUGGAAGCUGCAGAGAGAGAAUGAGGCUCUAUACCGGGAGCUAGAGAAGCGUCACAUACACAGAGCCACCUUUAUAUGAGAGCAGCUACGCACGCUGACACCAGACCCUUAGAUGGCAGGACACAGAGGAGCAUGGUUAUGCUCAGAGAGGACUCCAGCCUGCCAUGCACCACCUGGUCACAGGACCGGCCACAGAUGUAUAGCACAGUUAUGUAAACACCUGCAGAGCAUUACUACCCAUGUGACAAUAGCUUUGCAGAACUUGGGUGUGUUGCUAUCAAGAGAUGUUCCAAGACCCGCCUAAUAUUACAGACCCUACGUGACUUCCUACAGCCAGGAUACUGCUCUGUUCCUCAUCUCGCAAGGCCUCUGCAGAGCAUUACUCCCUGUCUCACAUCACAUGCACCGUAUCACGUCCCCUCUACAGGUGUCUCCUCUUCCCCAUCACAACAAUGUCACUGCAGAAAGUGGUAUCCUGCUAUACAGAAUGAGGUGUGUAAAAAGAGAGAUUUGAGUAUCCCUGGUAAUUGGCGCACUAAGAGCAGCGCACCGAUUGAUUCACCACAGUUGACCAUCACCAAAAGUUCAAACAACUCCAACAUACUACACAACAAUUUGUAGGACUCAAAUGGAAGGCGCUUCUUAAUAGAGAUGAGCGGAUUCGGUUUUACUCGGAUUUACUCGGUUCUCAAAACGGCAUCUUAUUGGCUCACGGAUGUCUCGUGUUUUGGAUAGCCAAUCAGAUGCCGUUUGGGGACAGAGUAAAUCCGAGUAAAACCGAAUCCGCUCAUCUCUAC